UUGAACUAGCGUGCUAAAUGCCGGGGUUAGCUUCUUCAAAGCGGCUAGCUAGCUAGCGGCAAAUCUAUGCUCUAGCAGUUAGACUGCUGUCAUUUUAAAUGUCUGGACGUAGAGCUGCCAGAAGGAAACAUUCAGAAAUGUGGAUGAGUACAUUUGCACGUUUUGUUUUACCUGCUCUGCACAGAAGCACCUCUGCCACGGCCUGCCAGGCUUUGAGGGCUUGUCGUAGACCAGGGCCAGGUGCUGUUUCACCACCUUCUUGUUUGACAGCAGUGCAUAUUCGUGGGCAGCAUACCCUUGGCCCUGCCUCUGUCCCUUUGGUUUGCCACUCAAUGAGACACGUCCGGGCUCUGGAUGAGGAGAGGCUAAUGGAGGUGGAGUGGGAGGAUGGGGAGCGAAGUCUGUACCCAUUCACCUGGCUGAGAGACAACUGCCAGUGUCCACUGUGCACCCUGCAGUCAGCUCAGGCUCGCUUGCUCCUGCUGGCUGAUCUUGAUAUCCACACAGGAGUAGAAGUUGUAGAAGUCAACAAUGACAACAAGGUCUCCAUUGUAUGGCCUGACCAGCACAUCAGCAUUUUUGAUGCAGAGUGGCUGAAAAAACGCUGUUUCUCUCCUGCUGCCAGACAAGCAAUGCAAGAGGAGCUUUUCCUCAAUGAGCGUUAUUAUUGGAACUCCAAACUGCGAAUUCCCACAGCCAAUUACCAGGAAGUGCUCCAUGACGAUAAGGCCGCGCUCGCCUGGCUCUUGGCGCUGCGACGUGUUGGCAUUGUUUACCUGAAGGGGGCUCCUGUGGAGCAAGGCCAAGUGGCCAGACUCGCUGAGAGGAUUGGCUACCUCAGGCUGACAUUUUAUGGGUAUACAUGGCAGGUCCAGGACAAACCCAUGGCAAACAAUGUAGCCUACACUGCAGGGAAGCUCAGCUUGCAUACAGACUACCCUGCUUUACACUUUGCACCUGGGGUGCAGUUUCUGCACUGCAUCAACCAGGCUAUGAAAGGAGGGGAGAGCAACGUGGUGGACGGCUUUCACAUGGCCGAACAGCUGCAGAGAGAAGACCCAGAAGCUUUCAGGACGCUCACCUCGCUGCAUGUUGACUUCACAGACACCGGGACAGACUACUGCGACUUCAUGCUGCAGUCCAAGAAACGCAUCAUCGAUGUUGACUCUAAGGGCAGAGUUGUGAGGAUUAACUACAACAACGCCACUAGGGAUUCUGUACUGGACCUCCCCUUGCAGCAGGUUCAGCACUUCUACAGAGCUCUAAAGGCUUAUGUGAACAUCAUGAACAGACCAGAGAACGUGGUGACGUAUACAAUGGAACCAGGUGACAUUGUGACUUUCGACAACUGGCGUCUCCUCCAUGGGAGGAAGAGCUACAUUAGCAGGCCAGACAAACUGCGACACCUGGAGGGGGCCUACCUGGACUGGGACGAAGUCAUGUCUCGUCUCCGGAUCCUCCGCAAAGCAGUCCAUGAGGGCAUGUGAGUUGUGGACCAGUGGUCAGGUUUAAAUAGGUACCCUUAAACGGACUGAAAGUGCGAUUCAAGAUAUUCUUAACAGGGCAAGAUCUCUGACUGUAGCAUUUUAAUCAAGUUGGAAUGUAAACAAUAACAUCUGUAUAUUUGAUAUUACACAGGGUGGUUAUUUAGGAUUUACUUGAAUAAAUCUGCAAAGUGUAAAAGUUUAAUAUGUAAACUUAAGUGCAACACAACAAUGCAAUAAUGCUUUUUGGCUUAAGUUUUUUAAAUGUUUUUGUUUUUUUUCCCCUUUAAUUUCAUGCUUCUGUUUUUAACAUUGUCCUCCAUACUAUCUACAUCAUGAAUAUGCUGUAGCUGGUUUUAUAAGGUUUUAGACUCUGAGGUCUUUCUCCCCAAAGGGGAUCCAAACGGUUUCAGAGGCUCAGUGAAUGAGGAAAAUCUUUAUUUGUUCUCAAAUGACUAAAAUGAAUUCAGAUACAUUAGUUCUGAGGGAGUUGAGCUGUUUUUUUUUCUCCCCCAAAAGUGAGAAACUAAUAAUUAGGUCACUCACUAAUGUGUUUGGUGACGCAUGUGUUUGUUAAUAUGGGAUUGUGUUGGUUCCCCUGCUUUGUAUGUAUGGGAUUAAACAAUGUAAUCAUGAUGCUAUAUGAAAGCUGAGAUAAGCAUGGUGUUUUUCCCAACUUUAUUUUUAAAAAUUCUGUUAAUUUCUUUUAUAUAAAAAUUUCUGUACAAUAAUGAUAAACAUUUGUGAGAGUUGAACUAUUUUAAAGACUAACUGCUCCCGCUGCAAAUUGUGUUGUUGUACUUGGAUCUAUCUGCAGCAGCCUCUACCUACACUGAACAUGUUAUGUAUUUGGCUUUCCCUUCAUUCUGCAGUUGCAGUCUGAAUUAAAAAAUUGCCUUAAGUGCCAGAACAGUAGUGUUAUAUCAGCAGAAAAACCUCAGCUAAGUCUGUUCAGCAGUGUUGCACAGACACGUUAACUUGUGUAUUUUAGACAGCUGGCAUCUGUCCAAAGUUUUGGAAAGCAGUCACUGUCAGACAAGAACCACAGAUGUGUAAAUUCAAACGAGUUAUAAAAACAUGAUAGACAUUUUUUUCUGUUGUAAAUGUAACAGGAAUCUACUAAAACUUUGUGACAAAAGCUUUUAAACUUUUAGACAAUUUUCUUCCUGCUUCCUUACCCUUUUUAGACAGCAGGAACUAGCCUCUUGUAGGAAGUAAAAGGGUCAAAUCUGAAUUCAUAGAAACAUGUGUUCAGAUGAUGAAUCAUCUUCCAGCACCUCUCGUGGCUGCAGGAUCCUCUACCUUAGUCAGCUUUGCACUUUAAAAAACAGAAGAAAAAAAAACCCUCUAGUUUGUGCCUAGAAAAAACAAAUCUGUUUUACAGCACUUUGUGAAGUAAAUCCUCAAAGUUCUGCAUCUGUCCUCCUCCUUCCACAUUUCAUUCAACAUCUUUUCUUUCAAAGAACAAUUAGACUGAGCUUCAUUUGGGACAACUUUAUUAUAUUGCCAAAGCUGUACAUAUUCUAUAAAUACUUUUUUUUUUUUUUUUCAAAUACUGGAAUACUUACACCUGGCAUCUCAUUACUUUCUUCCGUUAGCAGCCAGCGAAAACAAUAACAGACGAGCUGUAAUAUUCCAGUUUUAAAAAAAAAAAAGAGAAUUUUUUUUUUUUUAAUUAAGCAGGAAAUUCCCAGAUCAGGUUUGGAGAUGCUUCAGAUGGAGCGCUUGUGUUUAAUGAAACAUCUCAAUAUCCUCAAAAUAAUCCUUUGCACAGUUAAAUUACUAAAAAUACAAGCAUGUCAGGAAAAUCCC